GCAUCGACAAAAAGCGUUGAUUCUGAGAGAAGUGGCAUUUUUGCAGUCGCGAAUAUUUUUUCUGUUCUUUAAAUGGCGGACAAUGUGCGUUGGCUUCAUUUACUCGCACACACACACACGCGCGAACUCUCGGUGCUGUCCAGUGCGUUUGCCAUCGAAUAUUAGAAGCUCGGAAUGUUUUGAAUAUACGUGCAUGCGUACACCUACUAUAUUUAAACGGAACUACAUAUUUAUGCUAAGCGAAACAAGCUGUUUUGGCGGGUUUUCGUGUGCCAAGCUUGCCCGAUUCGAACAAAGUGAAGUGCAUGCAAUUAGCUGCUGGGAGGCUGAUCGAUUUUUUCCGCAUAGGUCGUCGAGUAAAUAUUUACUGUGCGGUUCCGAUCUAAACCAAAUCUGAGCACCCACAGACUCACCCAAGCCCAGAGGCCAGAUAAAGCAACAGAGACAAGGAAAAACAGAAGAAAUGAGCGGACGCGGCAGCCGUAAACGUGGUCGGCCGCCAAAGACGCCCAACGAGCGGGCCACAGGGCGCUUUAACUACCAGCUGCUCAAGAAGCCCAAGUAUCUCAGCGAGGGCAAGUCGCAGCCCAGCACGCCAUCUGCCUCCAGGGGUAUCUCUCCCCAGAGCGACGAGGGCAGCAGGAGCAGUCACAACAACCACAACCGCGGAAAUCGCGGGAGCGCCGCCAAGAGGGGACGCGGUCGCAAGUCUACCGUGCAGCCCAACACCAGCAGCUUUGCUGGAAGGAAAGGGUACGAGUCAGAAUAUCACUACGGAUCUGAUUUUGGAGAGUCUGAAGAAGACAAAUCAGACAUUGAGGAUGACAUGCUACUUACACCCAGUGACGACGAGAGCCUGGAAGCGGCCAAUGAGAGCGAAUCUGAAUUCUCCGUAUGUAGCUUCAACCAAAAUGGAGUUAGUCGUCCUCUUCGUCCGCCUAGCCCAGAACCUGUAUGGCUGCAGGAAGGUCGGCAAUAUGCAGCGCUUGAACUGCCCGAUUCGUCGGAGGAUCUAUCUAUAGCCAAUGUCCACGUAUUGCGUGCACUGAGUAUUUAUGAAGUACUACGACGUUUUCGCCACUUGGUCCGCCUCUCGCCAUUCCGAUUUGAAGACUUUUGCGCAGCCUUAGCUUGUGAGGAGCAAAGUGCGUUAUUGGCAGACGUACAUGUUAUGCUGCUAAAGGCGAUCUUACGCGAAGAGGACGCUCAGGGUACACAUUUUGGCCCCCUAGAUCAAAAGGAUACUGUUAAUAUAAGUCUUUACCUGAUUGAUGCUUUAACGUGGCCGGAAGUUUUACGCAGCUAUGUUGAAAGUGACAAGACAUUUGAUCGCAACGUGUUCCAUAUUUUAAGCCGAACUGAAUACCCGUAUACGGGCAUAGAAAGCCGUCUUGAAGUGCUCCAGUUCUUGACAGAUCAAUAUUUAACGGCCAAUUCCAUACGCGAUGUAAUGCUCCAGGAAGGGCCCAUUCAUUAUGACGACCAUUGCCGCGUGUGCCACCGACUUGGUGAUUUAUUAUGCUGCGAAACGUGCCCUGCCGUUUAUCAUUUGGAAUGUGUGGACCCUCCAAUGAAUGACGUACCUACUGAGGAUUGGCAGUGCGGGCUUUGUCGAUCACAUAAGGUAAGUGGCGUAAUGGACUGCGUCCUGCCCCAGGAAAAACAGGGCGUGCUUAUCCGGCAUGAUAGCCUGGGUGUUGAUCGUCAUGGGCGCAAAUAUUGGUUUAUUGCACGGCGUAUUUUUAUAGAGGAUCAGGAGGAUUGCACUUGCUGGUAUUAUAGUACGAUAAGUAAGCUAAAAUUGCUAGUAAACCGAUUGGAUUCCGAAGAAUUGGAAACUCGGCUGCAUAGCAACUUAACAGAACGACAAGGCGAAAUCGAACGCCAAAUGAAACUUACUGAGACUUUAACUAACGAGCACAAACAUACUAAGCGAAGUUUAAUUGAAAUAGAACAAGAGGCUACAAAUGAAUUAUUUGAAAAAAAGGAAAUGGUUGAGGAUGCUGAAGAUGGUAAUGCCAAAACCGAAACCCAUUCGAUGGAGGGAUUAAAAAAACAGGAAGAAAGCAAAAUGGUAACUCGUCAGAAAUCGAAUCAGUUGAGUACUGGUACGCUUCAUUUUAAACUUGGUAUGGAGCAAGGAUUCAAAAAUUAUGUUAACCAGUAUUCAACAAACCCAAUCGCCCUUAACAAGCCGCAACGGAACGAGGAGCGGGAUAAGCGGCGUCAUUUGUCCCACAAGUUUUCGUUAACGACUGCUUCCGAUUUUAAAUGGAUUGGGAUUACCAUGGGAACUACCGAAAAUAUGAUAACAACGCUUAGACAGACGUUGAUUAACUUCGAAGCCAAUAUUGCAGCUCCAUUUUUAAACACAAACUGGGUGGUUAACAAAAAAGUUUGGAAUUCUGCUGUAAUGAAUGCCCGCCGCGCUUCGGAUUUUGCAGCCGUAUUGCUACUGUUUCAAUCGUCCCUAAAGAGUGUUGUUUUUGCUAAUGUCUGGCACGAACAACUUGGUCAUACAACUUUGCAUCGCAUAACAAGUGCCGAACGAGAAGAGCGAAAAAAACUGGAAAAGCGCGAGAAACGCGAGCGGGAUGAUGAGGAAGAACGUAAUCGCCUAGCAUUCAACUACAUAAAGUAUACCCUGGGUCUUAAGCAUCAAGUCUGGAAGCAAAAAGGAGAGGAAUAUCGUGUUCACGGCCAGUGGGGCUGGCUUUGGCUCUCAAGCAGUCGACGCUGUGGUGUUCGUGCCCGCCGACCUCAACCUCUUCUACACAACAAAGUGUAUGUCCACUACACAAUGGGAGGUGAAAAUGAUGUUAAUGAAAUUAUAUUAGUCGACCCACGCACUCAGCGAUUUAUGCAACAAUGUCAGUCAAGCAAUAUUGAUGGCCAGGUUUGUCACUAUUUACCGGAGCAAUAUACAAAUGUAAAAGUAAUCGAAGAUGUUGAAAAAAAAAUGAUGGGCCACAUCGAUGUAAGUAAAGCACUUAAUGCUCCAGGGCGUAGUUUUUAUCCGAAAGUGGCUCGCAAAUGUCGGUUAGAUGAUCUAUUGGAUCGUCGUAUUAAACUGGCCGAGGUCGAAGAGCAGAUUGCCUGUAGCGAUGCCUCUGAUAUUAAACCGCUUGUAAUUUCGUCUCCACACGUUGCAGCCAACAACAAACAGACGUGUCUAGAGAAGCGAUUACUCCGCCUUACUGAAGUCCCAUCAAAGGGGGGUACUGCAAACGUAAAUUUGGAACUCGUUAAUUCGCUGGCUAAACAAAUUCAAACAGUGCGCUUGCAAUUUAGCCAACUAAAUCGUUUUGCUAAGAUAUUUCGUUGCUACACAAAGGAGUGUAAUACAAAUUCAAACGCCGUAUCCCAAAUAACUCAAAACACUUGCUACUCGCCGUUGUGUCUUCAAAAAGCGCGAGCCAAAAAAGAACUUUUGUUGUUGUUACGCAAGGCGCAUACUGCAGGAAACGGCUCAAAAGAGACGGUUGCCGCUAUAUUGGGGGCAGUAAAAAAACCAUCUAUUCUCGAGCAAAAGCUCACUGAGGGUAAGAGAGAUUCCAAUCAAGUAGUGACGGAUGAAUCAGAUGAAGGGAAACCAGGGGAAUCCGAAGCGCCAUUGGAUUUACUUCAGGAUUGGGAACACGGUCGCUCGAACGCUGUUCCUUUUACAGAAUUAUUAUUAAGCGAAUGCUUGCUGCUUGAACAAGAAUUCGGAACCAACGCAAGAAUCAAAGAAGAAGAUGGUCCAAACGCCGGAAGCAAUACAAAUACAGACUCUAACACUCAAGACUCUGAUAAAUUGGAUUAUAUCGAGAGUAUGGAUGUUUGCAGUAAUGUUGAAAUUGAGAGUACUGAAGACUCUAUUGUAGGUGGCAUAAACUCAUCAUGUUCAGGAGCUAACGCAGAAGAUAUUGAUGUGACAAGCGGAUGGCGGCGAAAACGUAAUCAAAAAUCUAAAAAAACCUAUAUUGGUACAAAAGAUGUUUUAGAUCAGACGUUAGACAAGGACAUACCACUUAACAAACAGAACCGCAGAUUUCCAAUCACUGCACGAUCAGUAAAACGCGAAUGCAUAAAAAAAUAUGACCGGGAAUAUUUUGAUAAUGGAAAGGAGCGCGUCUAUUCCUCUAAUUCACCUCGGGGUCGUGUAUACCUCCUUAGUGCCCCUUCCAAGUUAUACGAGCAAGCUGUAAAAACAGAGGACAAAAUGACAAUUUCAAAAAAGCCAUCAUAUUCACGGUACCCUCUUAUCUCAAAUUUCUUUACUCAUAAAAAGAAACGAAGCCUAUUGGUGCUGCCGCGUUUCGAGCUGCUUAAGCUGGCCCGUCUGGGAGGAAAAUCAUCAACCAAUGGUUUUCAUCACGCUGCAAAAAAUAACACAAUUUGGCAAUAUCAGUGCUCGCGUCCCCUAUUCCGAACGUGCUGGUCCUAUCGCACGUCUAAUGCCACUUCGUUAUCCAGUCUAGCUCUUCAACUUCGAAUAUUGUGGUCGUGUCUUCGCUGGGACGAUAUGAUAGCGAAGCCUCCUUCCACUGAUGGGAAGCAUCAGGUUACAACGGAAACUGAAAUUGUAACUUUAGAGUUGUUAAAACUUCGACAUGCAGGACGCUAUGGCGAAAAAACUAGCUAUUUGCGGCGAAAAGUUGUCAUUCCACUUGAAAUGCCUAAGACUAUAAGAGAAGUAACAUCCAUACGAUCCGGGCUGCGAAAACGAAAGCGCGCUGAAUCCCCCCAGCCAACUGAGCCACAAAUUACCGAGGAAUGGGUCGAGGAAGAUAAACUAGAACUAUGGGAAAUUAAAUUUAUUGGAGAGAAACAGGAAAAGGCACGCUUAUCAGCGGUAACGCGAUCUGUAGCAUCCCGACAACUGGAGGCAAGUGGUACUAUUGCUCCAAGCACUUCAGCUAAUGGAAUUCCAGGCGGAGCUGGUCGCGUUCAAUUGACACCUAAAUCGAGUGAAGACGUAAAGGAAAAAAUGGAACAACAAUUGAAAUUGCAACGCGCUGUUCACCAGCAGAGAAAAUUGGGCGGCACUAGCGAAGUCACUCGUUCUGUUACCCCAGUUAAGGGCCAAGUUAUUGGUAGUAGGCGUGUCAUUGUCAAAAACCCUGAUGGAACAACACGAAUCAUUCAGCAAGCAGUUACACAAGUUUCACGAACAGCAACAACUACACCAAACACGCCAGCGACAGCGACUGCAUCCUCCACUGUAAACAACAUGUCUAGCACGCAAUCUACUUCAUCUACUCCUACACCUCAUAAGGUGCAAAUCAUAAGGGGGCCAGAUGGCAAGGUCAGCGUACGCGGAUUAAACCCUGGUCAGCAGCUUGUUCAGAUGCCGGACGGAAAAUUGCAUGUGCUGACAACCACAACUACAUCAAAUGUAGCAGCGCAAGGAACCAAAAUAAAGGUUCCCAUCAGGCCGGCUUCUACACCGUCAUCACCAGCAGUAACGUCAGCACCGACUACUGCAAAUCAAGUAACACCAGUAAUAAAACAAAUUGCAGUUAAGCAUGUCACGAAGAAUUCCGGGACUCAAUCUGUAGCAUCUUCACAGCGUGUUGCUUUACCGCUGGCACAAAUUAAGAAUAAAUUGUUGCUGGCCCAACAGCAGCAGCAAGCGGCAGUGGCAUCUGCAUCAACAUCUUCGUCGCCGUCCGUUCAAAAGGUAGUUUCAAAAGUGGUGAACACGAGUUCCUCUGGACAUAACCUCCAACAAGUAUUCGUUCAGUCCGGUUCAAAAUUGGUGGUAGGCCAAAACGCACAGGGGCAAAAAGUUAUUAUAUCCACCUCACCUGCACAACAACAAGGCUCAUCACCAGCUCAACAGCAACAACUUGUGCAAUCUCAAGUUCUUUCACAACAAAUUCAACAAUCACCUCAGCAGCAAAUCUCAAUGACCCAGGUCGGAAGUCAGCCAACGCAAAAAGUAAUCCAGCAAAUUGUUAACACCAGCAACGUCCAACAGCAGAUUGUAGUUGGCGGCCAACGGAUCAUUUUGAGCCCCGGUCAAACUAUAGUCACUCAGAGAAACGUGCCGCAGAGUCAAGCGUUGCAGAUGGUUCAGCAGCAAAUUCAAACCCAGCAGCAGCAGCAGCAACAACAGCAUGUUGUUCAACCCCAGCAGCAAUUUGUUGUCCAAUCGAACCAGAUUGUUCAAUCUUCCCCAAGUACACAAACGAAGUUGGUUAAACAACUUGUGGUUCAACAACAAUCACAGCCUUCAAUUGAUGAAAAAGCACAAAUCACCACAGUAGAUGUUAAUGAAUCUGGUACGCAACAAGUGCUUGUUCCAAACUCCACUUUAGCCCAGCAAUUGGCGCAAGGCAAGUUACAGGUGGCCACCGUAAACGGUCAACAAGUUAUCGUUAAACCAUUGGGAAAUAAUCAGGCGCAAAUCGUAGCACAUAUAAAACACCAAGGCGAUGGGAACGCUCACAUAGUAACAAAUAAUUCAGUCACUGCAAUGGCGCAAGCAAGUCCACAAAGCUCACCAGUCAAACAGCAAGCCCUCCAAUCACAAAGUCCUCAGGCAGUCGUUGUCCAGCAGCAGCAAGUCCCUCAGCAGUCAACCACUAACUACGAUAACUCAAUCGCACAACAGCCCGUUGUUGCCCAGGGACAAGCUCAGCAGCAACCCUUAAGUGUUGAAGAAAGUCUUCUUCAAAAUCAGCCUCCUGGAACAGUUAUUAAAUGUGUUACGGCUCAAGUAUUACAAACGGAGCAUGGGCCUCGUAUAGUAUUGCAGGGCCUGGUAGGCAACGACUUCACGGCACAGCAAUUGCAACUAGUGCAAACUCAGGUGAAGCAGCAAUUAAUGAAGGCUCAAGAAUCAAAUGGCAAACUCGGUGUUCUAGGCCCAACAAAAAUAUAUUUAGCGGUUCAGCCGGAAACUUCAGUUCAAUCACAACCACCUCCUCUUACCCCAGUUCACCAAUCGGCUACGCAUCAGCAAGUUGGUGGCGGCGUAUCAAUUCCUUUUGUGGCGAACUCGAAUUAUAUGUUGAAUGAAAUGAAAGAAGAAGUCUUUGAUGAUGAAUUCAUCGUCGUCUGCAGUCCUCCAAACCAAAUUGAACCCACGUCCCAAAAUGAAGUAACCCAAGGUAGAAUUUCAAUAAGUGAUUUACCGUGCCACACCAACAUUAGUUUUCUAGUUGAAGAUCAAGACAAUAGUGAACAGCAUCGCCUAACAUAUGAAAGUGAAGACCUUAAACGAUGUUCAUUGCAGACCAACAACGUCGACAACGACUCGACUGCGCUAGCAACCUACGAAGCCAACCCAACUAUUAGAAUUAAUUCCAUAAGCAAUGGAAAUGAGCAGGAGCAUAGAAAAUGUGCAGAAACAGAAAAAUCUAAUAUUUCAAUUAACCAGCCCUUUGUCGGUAAAUCUCUCCUAUUAGAGGGCUUAGAGAAUAAAGAACCAGCAAGUCACUCCGAGAUCGAGGCAACAGAAACAGACUUAGAAAAUAACCAAUGCGAGAGCUUUGUUGUUACCAGCGGCUAUAUUCAAGAGUCUAUUUCAAAUGCUCUUAGACAAGGAAAUCUGAGCCCAGAACUUGAAGAAAAACUUGUUAAUAUGCAAAAGCAACGAGAAAAUGCGAAUUCAAACUGUAUAGAUGAUUGGGAAUUUGGCUCAAAAGAAAGUGCAAGCGAAGAAGCACUUACUCCAAACCGCGGCAGCUUUGUAACAAUAAAUAAGAACAGCGAUGACGCUGAAUGGAAAAUUCGAACUUCGUUAAAACGUCCAAAUGCAAUAAUAAGUAAUAAUUUUAAUCGCAUUUUAAAAAAAAAUCACAGGCAGAAUGAAGAGGUGACAGAACUCGGGGAACCAAAACAAUUACAGUUGGAACGACAUAAAGAACUGCUUAAAAAAAGUAUUUUACGUAAACGGUCUUUACUGGAACGUAAUUUACAAAAUGAAAUACACGAAGAUGUUCAAACCAAAGUCCAGCGACAUGUGCGCCCCUUAAGUGUAGCUUCACAAGAAGAACAAAGCGAAAAUGAAAGAAGUGGCGAUCCUAACAUGGACUUUAAACGGACAGAGGCAAGUGCGCAGAACAGCAGGCAUGGGGUCGGCAGGCCUAAGAAAUUUACCAGGAAAAAGGAAAAGUUGUAUUGCAUUUGUCGUACUCCAUAUGAUGACACAAAGUUUUACGUUGGCUGUGACCUAUGCAGCAAUUGGUUUCAUGGUGAUUGUGUCAGUAUUACCGAAGAAGCUUCAAAAAAACUCUCGGAAUUUAUUUGCAUUGAUUGCAAGAAGGCGAGAGAGACUCAGCAGCUUUAUUGCAGCUGUCGUCAACCAUACGACGAGUCACAAUUUUAUAUAUGUUGCGAUAAAUGUCAGGAUUGGUUUCAUGGACGUUGCGUUGGAAUACUGCAAAGCGAAGCGGAGUUUAUUGAUGAGUACGUGUGCCCUGAAUGCCAGCGAAAAACAGAUGCAAACUCUGAUAACAUAAAAAAACUUUCCCCCAAUCAAAUGGAAGAGCUAAAGAACCUAAUUAAACAAAUACAGUUACACAAAAGUGCUUGGCCAUUUAUGGAACCGGUUGAUCCGAAGGAAGCACCUGACUAUUACAAAGUAAUUAAAGAGCCCAUGGAUCUCAAACGAAUGGAAACCAAAAUCGAAUCAAACGCAUACACUAAACUAGCCGAGUUUAUAGGCGAUAUGACAAAAAUCUUUGACAACUGCCGUUACUAUAACCCGAAGGAAUCAUCUUUUUAUAAGUGUGCUGAGGCGCUAGAGUCAUACUUUGUUCAAAAAAUUAAAAAUUUUCGCUAAAAUGAUUUUGGUCAAAGUAGAUAUGAAAUCAUUAAAAAGCCUAAGAAGUGAAAAAAAUAUUGUAGUUUGUAUAUGAUUCAUAUAAUAACUUAAAUAACGAUUUCACAAACGUAGUUUUAUUUUGAUAUCCAAUGUAACAGUUACAUUCAUUAUUAAUUCAGAUGUACGUACGUGUAUAUUUUACAAUAAGAUCAAUGUACAUAUUAACCAUAUAAACUUAAACGACUAUUAUAUGAGUUGUAAAAUGAAAAAUAUUUUAAUAAAUAUUUUGUCCUUUACCAGAUAACUUUAAAGUGAAAAGUAGGCUAAUUACCAUAAGACUUUUGUAUAAAAAAAUUAAAAUGUAAAUAAACUCUUUUUUGCAUUUGUUUUGAAUAAAUUUAAAUUAUAUAUCGUAAUUUGAUCUGACAGCUUUAUAAAUUAAAAGUAAAAAGCAAGCAAACUUCGGCAAGCCGAAGCCUAUAUACCUUUGCAGCUAUAAAAUUAAUGUAAUACAAUUCAAUCGAGAACUCUAAUGGAUCGGCACUUACAAAAAUAAUAUAAAUGUUUUCUUUAAAAGGGAAAUGUUCUUUAAAAAUAAAAAAAAUAUAUAUUUUAAAAUAUGGAAAUUUUUUCUAUAGUUUAGAUAUUUAAAUGUUUGUACCCUGACCCUAAAAUAACUUACUAAGCCUUAAAA